GGAUGUCAAGCUUCCAUAUGGUGCUAUGGUGGGGGUGUAAAGUAUCUCCGCGUAUUCGUCAUUGAAGGUAGGACCGCUACGUGAAAGCGGUAAACCGUACUUUGCACAUGGGGAUAGGUAGAAGGUAACUCUUAGCUCCCGUCUCCUCUUUUCCAGUGACAUUGGUGAUAUCAUCUCGAAGCCUUCGAUGCCAUCAUAUAAACGGUAGACACCCACCUACGAGUCCUGAGCUUAGGUUUGCUGGACACCAUUCUCGAGUCUCGAUAUCCACUACAGCUCGAUAGCUCGAUAACGGCACCAAUACCCCGCAGCUCAAGUCUGAAGUCUCAAGUCUCAAGAAUUAUUCAGCACCAGCGAUAUUUCUUUACAUUUUCACAACAUCGCCAAAAGCCCUCAAAAACGAUGCCUCAGCUCAACGGACAAGACGUCGGCCAGAUCGGCUACGGCCUCAUGGGCCUCACAUGGCGGCCCCAGCCCUGCUCAGAAGAGCAGGCCUUCGAAGCCAUGCGCACCGCCCUCGCAAACGGCAACAACUUUUGGAACGGCGGAGAAUUCUACGGAACCCCAGAGUACAACAGCAGCACCCUCCUCGAGCGCUACUUCACAAAGUACCCCGAGGACGCCGACAAGGUCGUCCUGAGCAUGAAGGGUGGUCUCAUCCUCCCGCAGCUGAAACCCGACGGCUCGCCCGAGGGCGUCCGCCGCUCCCUCGACAAGAUCCUCUCCCAGCUCGGGGGCCGCAAAAAGGUCGACAUCUUCGAGUGCGCGCGGCGCGACAAGAACACGCCCCUCGAGGUCACAUUUGGGGUCAUUCAAAAGGAGUACAUUGACACGGGGAAAGUCGGCGGUAUCACACUCUCCGAGGUCUCGGCCGCAUCCAUACACGAGGCCGUCAAAGUCGCCAAGAUUGUCGGCGUCGAGGUCGAGCUCAGCUUAUUCUCGACCGAACCCUUGACCAACGGCGUCGCCGCCGCGUGCGCGCAGUACGGCAUCCCCCUCAUCGCCUACUCGCCCAUCGGCCGCGGCAUGCUCACGGGCGAGGUCAAGACGCUCGACGAUAUCCCGCAGGGCGACAUGAGGCGGCACAUGCCCCGCUUCCAGCCCGACACGUUUGGUAUCAACAUCAAGCUCGUCGAGCAGGUCGAGGAGCUGGCAAAGAAGAAGGGCGUCACGCCGGCCCAGCUCGCCAUCGGCUGGAUCGUUGCGCUUUCAAAGAGGCCUGACAUGCCCGAGAUCAUUCCCAUUCCGGGUGCGACGACAGCGGCGAGGGUCACGGAGAAUGCAAAGCUGGUGGAACUUACCGAGGCGGAAAUGGCAGAGAUUGGCGCGACGCUGGCAAAGUUCGAGGUCGCGGGUGGCCGCUACCCCGAUGGUGCUCCCGUCAACACCUAAGACAUUUGCGUAGCGUGUAGAAGAAGAUAUCAAGAAAUCUAGUCAUAUCCUUUGUAGCCCGAACCUGUCGGCGUUGCAAAGAAAAAAUCGUUGGACUUCGGUGAGAU